AUGAGCCGCCGGGUGGUUAUUCGCUGCUUCGUCGGUACUCAAAUGGCUUUCGCAUCACCUUUUGCUCUAGAAGAACCCCAAGGUGUCUGCUCAUGGAUUCUCUUCGCUGGUGACUCGUUGGCCAUCGUUGGAUCGGCAUUGACCGUCCUGUACACCUGUCAACGAAUUAGUCUUCGAACACAGCAACUCAUGCAGAAAAGCAAUCCUAACAACUUCGAAGAAACCAACGUUAGCGACACGGCAAAUAGAUUCCAACCUUGGCAGAUUCGCACAGCCAACUUGCUAGUCCUCCACGCCGCUCUCUGGGCCAUCGUCCGUUCGGCCACCCACCUUACUUUUGCCACCAAGCAGUAUCGAAGGAACACUCAAGCUUUUGAUUCAUACGAAAGCAACAUAUACCAACUCGAAUGGUGGCGGAGUGACACGGGGAAACUUUGGAAUGUUGUUCAGACCUUCACCUGGGGAACGCUACAGUUCUUUCCUAAAGCCUUCUCACCAAGGGCGCGCACGCUAUCGCUGCUGAGGGAUAUCCUACUUGUGUUCUGCUUUGCCGUUCUUUGGGUACUUGGCAGUUGUCUGACAACGGCCUCCCUGGGGGUGAGCCUUGCUAUGCUGGCGAUGGUCGACGUGAUUAUGGUCAGUCUGCUUUUGUCCAUGUUCAGGAUUCAGGGAAAUGCAACAAGAGAAAAGGUAGAAGGCGUAAAUUGGAGAGCUGUCCAAUUGACGAAUGGACAAUGA